CCGAAUGGGACAAGGUCGAGCAUCUCAAUGACGAGCGCUGGUGCACCAGGAGGAAGUUAUCAAAUGCAAAAAUGUCUGGGUCUGGAAGGAUUCCAAUUUGUGAUGCGAAUUCUACAUCAUGAGAAAUUCUGUCAUGCAUGGCCAGCAAAAGGCCCCGUUUCUUGUUACCGGAAGAGGGGAUUUGUCACGCGCAUUAGGCAUUGGGAGGCCUGCUCGAAAUCUGUGAUGCUAGGGCUUGCAUGCCAGACAAUCCGGGUCAGGCAAACCUGCAUGACAAAUCUCGAAGUCUUCCAGACCCAGACAUUUUUGCAUUUGAUAGAAGUAAUUCUAUCACCAAGCCCAAACGGAAAUUCCAGGUGGAGAAGCCAACGAAUAGUACAAGUGAAGAACGACAGGCCGAGAUGAACACUGCAAGCGCCGGCUACGGAUGUGUCAGGAGCGAAGUGGCAAAGUCGAAAAAUUUGUGAUGCAUAAAAUUUAGGGCACUGGAGGCCUGUAUUGGGGAGCAGGCAAAUGAGACCUCCGAUUGUAAGCCUGUUUAGGGGUAUGCAAUGUGCUGCCAGAGUAGCAUGACAGGAGCAGUCUUCUUUGCCCAAACAGCAUGACAGACUGGAUUUGAGUGCUCUCGAAAUUUGUCAUGCGUCACUUACAAACUGAGGCUGCAACUGGUAUCGAUUUUAUGCAACGCAAAUUUUUCUUUUUUGUCAAUUUCGAUUCUGACACUUCCAUACCGGCUCGACUUCCAGCGCCCCUUCCACCGCCAACGCCAGCAGGAGCAGCAGUUUGGGCGGGGUUGGUGUUAGUAGAACAAAAACUGCGGGUGGUCGUAGUGGUCCAGAAGGCGAAGCUAUGGGGCGAAAUAAUUUGCAGGUACCAUCAUCUUCAAGCGCGGCUUCUUCCACGCAGAAAGCGCGACCCCCUCCAUCGUCGCGAUCAGAAGCUGCGCAGGCUACCUUUGAUUCCAGGGUGACAGAAAAUUAUUACGACAAGUUUCAAGGAGAAGAAGCAGUAGAAUCACAGCCACUGCACACUUUUCUCUCGGAUGAAUUGCGAGGUAAUAACGUCGGGAGCAAAUUUUCCUCGUCUCAACAGCAGCAACUUUUGCAGCACCAAGCCGCACCAGGACCGGACCUCCCGACGACCUUCAUCGGGCCCAACAUGCUUCCGUUGAGAAUCGUCGGCGGGGUCAGCCCGAAGCUACAAAUGUCCACGACCAGGAGAAGCAGCAGCAGUGCCUCCAAUUCGCCAUCCAAAGUCCUCGUUUCCCAGCACUCGCACAUCUCCGCCUUCCAUUUACAAAAGGAAAGCGCCAUACUUUCGAUCGAAAAUAACUUGAUGCCCAGGCGGAGUACUAGAGGGGGUAGUUUCAAUACUUCCGGAGAUCAACGUGGGUACUACAUGGACGAUGCCAGCUACCGUGCCGAUUCCUCCCCGUCUUCCAAGUUGCAACUUCCGGCGAAACGCAUGUCCAUCCACGAAGAGCUGCAAUCCGUGGCCUCUUCCCAUCCGAACUCCCCGACCCGGCGCCGCGCAGUUUCGCAGAGCAGCGGCGGUGGGCGGAGUGGGACCCAGUCCGCGAGCCAAAGUCCGAAACGCGAGCCGAAUUUUAUCAAGAAAGCGACCGAGGCGUGGCGGCACAGACUGCUAGCGGCCGAAGCCGAAGAACCGAAAUACUACCACGAGGACCUAAAAUUGAAAACGCGGAACAUGUCUUUUGACAACAACAGUAUGAUCCGUCCCUCGCUGUUGCGCGAACCGGAGCGGCGGAGUUCCGCGAUGGCAGAUAUCCGAGCCAGGGUGAAUAUGACAGUGCACAACCCCCCCUCGUUCUUAUUUCUCAUGCAAAAUACCAAAUCCACGGUUUCCCUCCUGUCACUAUUAUGCAUGACAAGUUCUGGCAGCCCAAAUAGCACUACACUCCAGUGCAAGACUGUCAUGCAAAAGCGGGACUUCUGCUGCUGCAUGUAUUGCCGUUCAUGCUAUACAAAUGAGGGGGAGGGGGAGUUGUGCACUGCCAUAGUGAAAAGGAAGAAAUUACACGACGAGGCACUGAUCGCGCAGAUGGGCGGGCGAGGGUCGUUCAUGCCAUUGUUUCCCGGCGACAACUAUGCGAAUGACAGGAGCAGUAGUCCUAUGCUGUGCAAAAGUAUCGUACUCGUACUAAUUGCAGUCGCGCAUUACAAAUCUGAUUUCCAAGGUCAAUCAGCAUGACAAAUUUCAUUUUUCAUGCUGAGGAAAUUUGUCAUGCGGUUUCUACUAGUACGAUAUUUUUGCAAUGCAUAAGUCCUCCACCUGGCGCGGGAGUAGACGACCUGGCCGCCCGAGGAGGUGGGACUGGUAUAACGUCCACUCGAGGAGCCGCGUCUACUUCUUCGAGAAGCCCCACGACGACCGGAGUCGGUGUGCAACCUCUAUCCGCGGAUAACCGAGUUGGUUUGAACUCCAGCACGAAUGUCUUGCUCCCAUCAGAAAGCGACGCAACCAUCGCGGAACAGAUGCGGCAAUACCAGCAAGUUUUGGAGAAUAACAAACUGAAUUUACAACUGCAGAGUCAGCAGCAGCAGGUCGCCGGCGUGGUGCAACGGGGGCAGCAGCAGCAGGUACUAUUGCAGCAGCAGCCGCCAGUCAUAUUUCCGAACAGCGCGCGCUCAACAUAUUCCUCUUCCGGAAUCUACUCUAGCCGGACACCGGCAGGAACUACAGGUGGCGGAACCAGAGGCGUUUCGGUGGGAGCAGUACCAGCAGCGCGCAGUUUGAAUACUUCCAGCGUCGUUGAUUCGUCUUUAUUGCAAGCGAGUUACGACCAUGCCUCGAAAUACUAUACCCCAACCGCGGCGUCAUCAGCCAGGGCGAGAAGUGGGGGACGGGUUGGCUCUAAUGCGACGGGGAUGCGGAAUAGCGGGGCACGAGCGAGUAGCAAUAUGGAACAGGUAAUGUGUAAUAGCGACAUUGUUUUAAAUUCUGCUCCGUUUAGAUAGUUCAGCAAAACUUGCGUCUGUACAGGUUGCACGCAGAAAAGAGGAAAGUGCGAGCACUGUGUCAGGAGCACGCAAAACAGCAUUUCGCCGUUUGGGCUUCCGAAGUAGAUAGAGCUGCAACAUGUACACGAGGAAAGAUAUUAGAUCGCUGUGGCAUAAGAAGACACUUCUAUGGUUGGCCUGCAUGACAAAUGUACUUGCUCUAUGUAUUUUCUGCAUUACAGAUUUCAUACUUUCAAAUUUUUCUUUUCCCAUAGGUCCUCCUGCAAGCCUUGGACCAAGACCCUGCCGUCGCUGCAUCCUUCCUCCGCGAAGCGCAGGGGAAUUCUUCCUCGACCACCCCCCUCGACCAGAAGAAGCUGAACCUGAUCCAAGCCCAGAUGGCGAAGAACCAGGGCACGCAGAAGUUCAGACAGGCGCUAUCAUAUGUAAAAACGUACCUACCCCAUAGUCAAGAUGGGGAAUCGGCUAGACAAAUCCACAAGCUUUGGCUGUUUCGCAUGACAAAUUUGGACGCGUAGUGUAGUGCUGUUUGAGCUAGUUCAGCAGCAUUACAGAUCUAGUCUCUCAUGCUGAUUGGAGCAUGACAAAUUUCAAAACACCAUUAGAAAAUGCUUCUCAUGGGGCUCCGUAUGAGAAACAUUUUAAGCAUGCAGAUUUGCAUGACAGCUAUGCUGUGGGGACGUUUUUACACAGGAUAAGCGCUGCAAGGCAUUUUGAGAAACCGGUUUCAACUCGUGGUGCGGCGGUUUUACCAGUUCUCUUCCCGCUUCGCGAACGCGAAUUGGACGCAAUUGCAAACGUUCAUCAACCAACAAAAUGAGGAGUUGACCGUGACGAAAUCUCUGAGGAAUAACUAUCAAAAGGAAAAUUCCCUCUCCCCAUAUCAAAAGGAAGUUUCUGAUGCUGGAUUUGUGUACACAAAUCAGGUCUGUCUUGCAGUAGAGGACUGCAAGCCCAUGCCAAGCCUAAGUAGAAGGGUUUUGACGUAGGCGCGUAGCAUGGCAAAUGUGUACUCUGUAGGCCCCAUAGCAUCACAAGCCGCCUGCAUAAUGCGGCGGAGUCGCUGGAUUGGCCUUCUUGCAAUACAAAGACGAUGCGCGUCCACAAAUCAGCAUGUUGACAAAUCUUCAGAAGCAUCCCUUUUUGGUACAAGGAGGGGGGAUUUUUCCUCACGAUAAUAAUGACUUGAUUCUGUUCGACCAGUCGAAAUCGCAGCUUCUCCGUAUGACCUGCUCAAACGCUACAAGCAUGACAGACUCGCACAGCGUUCCACUUUCUGCAAUACAAAGCUCGCCAGAUUUUUCCAUUGCGGAUCUUCCGAAGAACUCCAGAACUUGUCAUGCGCAAUCCUGUGGGAGUAGGGUAGAUCAUGCUGCUCUUCUUGCAUCACAGAUUUCCGUAUUCUAUGGUGACCGAUUUGAGAUUUUUGUAACAGUUGAGCAGGUUAUACUCAGGCAGAUCUUCCUCCUCACUUUUAUCAAAAACAUCAUGCAGUACGCCCGACGAAACAGCUUUGCCUACGCGUUUCUGGAAAGGCUAAAGUGGAACAAUUUUCUGCUGAAAAAAACCUCCAAACUACAAACGGAAAACUUGAAAUUGCAACACAAACUGAAGAAGGAGCGAAUAUCAAAUGCAAAAAUGCCUGGGUCUGGAAGAGCCAAACUUGCGAUGCUGCAUUUGGAUGCUAAAAAAGCCUGUAUUGCAUGACCAGCAAGAGGAUUCAAAUUUGGCUACGCGGAGAGGGCAUUUGUCAUGCUGGAUGCGCGGAGAUAAGUGCUCAAAAAAUUUGUGAUGCUAUGGCAUACAUCACAGACAUCAUGGAUCAUGGAAAAUGUGCAUGACAAAGUUGUGCUCUUCCAGACCCAGAUAUUUUUGCAUUUGAUAGCGAACGACUGUGGACAACUACCUCUCCCAAGUGGAUCAGAUUGAUUCGAAAAUCAACAGCUACUUAGCGCAGGACGAAAUGCGCUCGACCUUUGCGCACAAAUUCGUGUUUCUGCUCGACAAAGUGCUCAUGCGGAACAAAAACGCGAUGGUCUCCUUCGCGUUUGAAAGGCUUUCGUUGAACAACAAUUUUUUCCCGGAAGCGACGAAAGCGAUGCGGAGUAGGACGGCCAUGUUGAAUUCGAAUAACACCGCCAGGGGCGCCGGUAUCAAAAGGAAAAAUUCCCCCUCCCCAUAUCAAAACGAAGUUUCUGAUGCAGGAUUUGCGUACACAAAUCAGAUCUGUCUUGCUGGACAGAAAUGCAGGCCCAUACUAAGCCUAAGUAGAGAGGUUUUGGCCUGGGCGACUAGCAUGAGGAACGUCCGUGCUGUAGGCCCAUCAGCAUCACAAACCGCCUGCACAAUGCUGCGGAGCUUGUGGAGUUGCCUUCUUGCAAGACAGACGUGAUUUGUGGUCUCAAAUCAGCAACGCAAAUGUUCGGAAACAUACCUCUUCGAUAUGGGGAGGGGGGAUUUUUCCUCAUAAUAGCCGGGGCAGCUUCUUCUUUCAUGACCGCAACUACUUCCGGCGCAGGUGCUGGCGGUGCCGUUCCUUCUAGAGCCACAAGUCCUCCUCCCAAUAUUUUCGAGAGGACAGGAUCAACAUCUCCUCCAUCGCGAUACUCCUCCUCCGCCAAACAAAUUACUACAAACCACCAACAGCAGUUCCAAUCCAAAUACCAGCAAUUGGAAAUCCAAGCGGCGAAUCUGAUGAAGAUCCGGUUGAAAUACUGCGUGUAUUGCAAUGAAAAAUUCCCCCAACGACCCAGAACCUGGAAGCAUCUGUAUUGCAAACCUUUCCAAAUGAAACACUCGCCGUCUUGCGUAUCUUAGCAUCACAAAUUUUCCAUGCUUAAAUAAUAGCUCCAAUUUGUGUUGCAAAGGAGCCCAACAGUAGCCGGGUCUGUUAUGCAAAAGAUGCCUUGCGCACCUAGAUUCUGCAUCAGAAAGGCUCGUAGUCCUGUCAUGCCAGACAAAAAUCUUUCAUUUGGAAACUCUGCAUGAGAAACUUUUGUAAAUUGCGGGGUGGGGGCAUUUUUCAUUCUGAUAGCGUGCGGAGUGAUUUCCAGGUGUUCGGGAAGGACUUUCAAACCACAGUGGCGGAGGUGACGGCCGCGGGAGGGGGUACAAUUACCAUCGGAACUACUGAAACAAAUAAAGACCACAGCAAUCAGAGCGGCAGUGCUGCCACGUCGAGGGGUAAAACAAAUAGCAGCAGCGCAGGAGGAGGUGCUUUGACCUGGAACAUGCGGCUGACAAUCGGGUGUUUGGAAAUGCUCAUGUACGUGUUGACAACGCUGUUGAAGUCAAAACUACGGUUCGGCGUGAACCAGCUUUUGAAAAACGCGGUCAGUGGUGGGAUAGGAGCGCCGGGGAGCACUAUGAUGAUGAUGUCUAAUACAACAAGCCGAAGGGAGGUCAUGAACCACGCGGGCCAACAGCAAUAUGGCGAUGAAUUCGAAAUGCUAGAAGAGGAGUUGCUAGAAGAUGUGACCAGCGCCGCUGAAAUGAAAAACAAAAACCACCACAGAAAAAAUCUCUCCCCCACGACCUCCCCCCCUGGCCGGAGUAGGAGCCCAGCUAUAAAAAUGCGAGCGCAGGGCAAUAGUGGAAUUGCCUCUACUCAGUUGGGCACCCUUACUCCGGGGAAAAAAGAGCUCCAGCCCCCGCCAGGCUUGCAGAUUGAGAAACUCGCACUGCACGUUGGGGCGUCGAAGACGAACGAAGAGAUUGAAAUGUCGGAGAACCUUAUCGCAAGGAAAAACUGUUUCACUGUAAACUUGUAAUGCAGAAAAUGCAUCUUAGAAGUGUUUGUCUUGCUACACAUGCAAGACAAUGGGUUUUAGCCGUGUUUUCCCUUAGGAACCUUGCAUGGCAAAUCUUUUCUGUCAUACGGAACAAACUUGUGAUGCAAAACUUGCAAAAUCCUUACAGGGAAACACUUUUUUCGUGUGAUAAGCCUGAAUUUAGUGCGGAAUUCCAUGAACUUUCGGAACUCUUUCGACGGAGUGCAUGUCCCACCAGCGGAGGUAUUAAAUUCAACAAGCAAUCCCAACUUCUUCCCUGCAGCACAACAAGACACUUCACUUCCCUUUUUUGAAGACCUCCGCUCUCCACCAGUCCAACACCGCGAAAUGAACAAAACUGCAGCCACGAUUACAGCCGUCACCAGCCCGCCGGGACAAACACAAACAAAUUCCUACCGGCGGCAGUAUGAGCAGAAACGGGGCGCGGCGCUGGCGAAGUUGAGUUAUGGCUUGCUCAGACGAUACAAUCUCAAACGUUGCAUAUAUAGGAUCUGGAAUUUGAUGUCUUGCAUGAACAGCAUCAGUACAAUACAGAGACUUGGGCUUUUCGCAAUACAAAUUUCAUCAGAUUCUCGUGAGGUUUGGAGCUCCGAAACUUGUCAUGCGCGCUCCUUUGGGUGUAGGCCAGAUGUUGCGCAUUUUGCAACACAAAUUCCAGAUUCUAUUGUAACGUUUGAGAUUUUAACACCUGAGCGGGUUAUAUGAGUCCAACAAGGGUUCUGAACCGCAACAGCCCGACUUCUCCGGGGAAGAUUGAAAUUACAGACGGAGACUUUGGCUACGGCAGGCCUAGUGCGGCGGCGAAUGAAGGGGUUGUGGACGAUGCGGAUGAAAUAAUCGAAGAGGAAUUUCUCAUGGAGGAGAGCACACUUGAGCCAGAACUGCAGGCGAAAUUCGCCGCGCUGCGAAAUGCUGGGAACAACACAGUAACCAAGCCCGGCACAGCAACAGCAUCAGGACCUGCAACCGUGGGCUCAGGUAGUUUAGGCAGAAUUCAAAUAAAACCACCGUCGCGGGAAAGUUCCACCGCUUCUGCAGCGGAAGUCGCGGAGCUGCUGGAAAAGGUAGCGGAGACGAAUGAAGGAGUACUUUUAGAGGACAAAGAAACAGCAACGGCGAACAAGGGCAAAGGUGGAACAGCAUCAAAUAAAACCAAAUCCGGAACUACAUCCUCAAGGGGUGGAAUAGCAGCGUUGAUAAACCCCUUCAAAGGUGGAAGUACAUCAACCACGUCGAGUCGAAGUGCAACCGGUCUUUUAUAAGCCGCUCAGGUGUUACCAUCGCAAACGUUACAAUAGAAUCUGGAAUUUGUGUUUCAAGAAUUGCAUCAUCUAGCCAAGUCUCAUAGGUUUGCGCAUGACAAGUUUCGGCACCCAAAACCCCAUUGAUAUCCGGCGAAAUCUGUAUUGCGAAAGGCGCAACUCUACAUACGUUCCUCAUGCUCUUCAUGCAAGACAAAAGCCAGACUCUAUUGUAACGUUUGGGAUUGUAACGUUUGAGCAGGUCAUAUCUGAAGAAUCCCUCGAAGCUGUUUGCCGCGUUACCGAGAAAAAGGAAAUACGCCGACGUGCACAAAAAGAAGGAGGAAUUGAAGGAAAAGAAGAAACAGCAAGAAGCGAAUGCUAGUAGUAGUAACGCACCAGUAAUAUCUUCUUUGUCGAAGCGAGAUCAAAAUGAACUGGACGGUGGAGCAGGUCCGAACCACGCAGAAGGUGGCGACCAGCCCUCUGAAAUUUCAGUGAUCAAUGGCGAGCGUGCGAGAAGCAGGGCGAGCACUGCUGGCGGGAAUAGCAACACAAGUAGUGCGAGUUUCAUGUUCUAUGGUGAGAAGCCAGAGGGUGACGCUAGCGCAAUCCUCAGCGGGACGAACAUGCACCACCACGGGAACACGAAUAAGCGACGAGUUUUGUCCCCUGCACCCACCCGCGUCGGAGCGUUUGCCGUGUCGAAUUUUUUAUUGCAAAAGGAGAGGGAAAAGGUUGCGGGGGUCGUUCUCGCGGCAAAAAAUGCCAGUGCUAGUAGUCCAGUAGGGAAGACGUCGAGGACGAUGACGAUCUCCGGUCAACGAGGGGAUGAAAUAAAGGGCGUUGUAAGUUCUUCCGCGUCAAAUCAGGUUCAGGGUGAGAAUGCGAAGCAGAUCAUGCGGAAAUUUUGGCAGAAGUUUGACGCGGGUCAGGAUUUGGCAGGGGAGGAUGACGAUGAAGAGGAUGAUCUUUCUCAAAAACCACUAAAGAACACAAGGACAACCGCACAGCCAGAACUUUCGCAACGUACAAAGAACCAGCAAAGGAGCGACGAGGCAAAGCAGCAUAGUUCGUCGACAAAGCCGGAGCCGCCUAAAGUGGUUGCUCGGAAGCAGGACAGGGUAAAGACGCACACGGCAAGCGGUAGUACAACUCGCAGCGCUGAUGAAAAAGGACGACCUGAUGGAGGACCAUCAUCCUCCGCUGCUGGUGCUGUUGCCCACUUAGAAGUCGUUCCCCCAGCAGGAGCAGACUUCUUGUCGGACGAAGAUGAGGAGGAUUUGUCUCAAGAGAUUAGGUUCAAAAAUCGGUUAGGAUGGCGAUAUAUCCUGUGCAAAAGUCGAAAUUAUCGCAUCACAAAUUUGCUCAGCAUUUUUACAAAUGAAAUUUGUAAUGGAGAUUUACCGUAAGGACAAGAUUUGUAAUGCAUGACUGCAACAGUUACGUACGAGUGCGAUGCUUUUGCAAUGCAUACGGUACGACCACGCUUUUUCCGAGGGUGACGAUGAGGAGAUUGAAGUGGAGGACGAAAUUGAGUUGUGAUGGAAUGGUGAUUUAUUUCCUGGUGCGAACCGCUUUUGAAGUUGAAGGUAUCAUAUUCGACUUUCUUGAUUGUAGUUUUUGUUUUGAUUUGCCGGAACAAGUUUGGCAAUUAGGUUUUCAUUGCCAAGAAGACGACCUUGAAGUUAUGUUUUCUUCAUUUUGCGAGACCGAAUAAUGCCUUGACGCGAAGUUCAUACGCUUUCAUUUUCAAAUUCAAAGU